AUACUAAUCAGGAGUCUAAUUUUUUUCCCCCUUUUAAAGGCCAUCAAUGAUGAAGGAAGAACAAAGAAAAUAAAGUGAAGUAAAGGCUACUGGAGUCUUCUGGAAUCGGGAGAGAAUAGAUUCAGAAUCACAGAGACCAAGAAUCUUGAGUUAUCAGAGGGGACCAACUAUGACUGCUCUUGGUGGAAAUGGUACUCCAUCCAAGAUUGAGGGAAGAAGUAUGGCAUUGUUUCUAUGUUGGGUCCUUGGAUAUGGGAGCCUUAUGUCUUGGAACAGUAUGUUGACAAUCGGAGAUUAUUAUAUGGAGUUGUUUCCGACAUACCAUCCUGCAAGGGUACUCACAUUGGUUUACCAACCUUUUGCAUUUACAACAGUUUCAAUACUUGCAUACAAUGAGGCCAGGAUCGAUACAAGAAAACGAAACUUGUUUGGAUAUAUCCUUUUCUUCAUUGCUUCGUUUAUGGUUCUAGUUGUGAAUCUAGCUACAUCUGGGAAGGGGGGAAUUGGACCUUUUGUUGGCAUAUGUGUACUUAGUGCUUGCUUCGGAAUUGCAGAUGCUUUUGUUCAGGGUGGAAUGGUUGGGGAUCUCUCUUUAAUGGCGCCCGAGAUGGUCCAAUCUUUCUUUGCUGGUCUGGCUGCAUCAGGGGCUCUAACCUCUAUUUUGAGGCUAAUUACAAAAGCUGCCUACGAUAAAUAUAAAGAUGGUUUUCGCAAAGGAGCUAUUCUUUUCUUUGCCAUCACUUCAUUUUCCGAGCUGGUAUGUGUUCUUGUAUAUGCAUUCAUCUUUCCCAAACUGUCAAUUGUGAAGUAUUAUCGUUCAAAGGCAGCUUCAGAAGGAUCGAAAACUGUUGCAUCUGACCUUGCUGUUGCUGGCAUUACAAUAUCAAGCCAAGAUGAAGAAGAUCCAAAACGAUCCGAGCGUCUGUCAAAAAAAGAAUUAAUUUUCCAGAACAUAGAUUAUUUAAUUUCCCUCUAUCUCAUUUAUGUGUUGACACUGUCAAUUUUCCCUGGAUUCUUAUCUGAAGAUAGUGGCACUCAUAGCUUGGGUUCAUGGUAUGUAGUUGUUCUAAUUGCAAUGUAUAAUGUCUGGGAUCUGGUUGGAAGAUAUGUUCCUCUCAUAAAAGGCCUGAUGAUGGAGUCACGAAAGGGCUUAAUGAUCUCCACUCUUUGUCGUUUUUUAUUUAUUCCGGCAUUCUACUUCACAGCUAAAUAUGGAGAUCAAGGUUGGAUGCUUAUGUUGACAUCCCUUUUGGGAUUGUCCAAUGGUUACUUCACUGUAUGUAUCAUGACUGCAGCACCCAAAGGUUACAAGGGACCGGAACAAAAUGCCUUGGGGAAUUUGCUUGUAGUAUCUCUUCUUGGAGGCUUAUUUUCAGGGGUAGUCCUCGACUGGAUGUGGCUCAUAGGCAAAAAAUGGUGAGGUGAUACAGAUAUUUUUUAAACCAUGAAUUGAAGCAUCUUCUCUCGAAGGAGAAGUUUUUCUUCCAUCAAAAUUAGGAGUGAUUCAUCAAUACAUGACAAUGAAAUGAAAGCUUGUAAGAUGUAAAUGGCUGCAGCGAAUGUUCCAGUCAUGUUCUAUGUACAUGAAUAAUGUGCAGACAAUGGCAUUUCCACACCAAUGGCUGUGUUUUACCUUCCUUGUUAUCAUUUCACUGUUGAAUGUAUUUGAAUGGUUCAAUUCAGGUAUUGGAAAGAUCAAUUGAUGGUCACUACUUUGAUUUCC